UAAUGGAAUUGGCUGGCAUGCAGUCUGCAUUCUUAAGUGGAACCCAACUUGGAUUUUGGCAAUAUUUGAUCUAUAAUCGUUUACGCAUUGAACCUGCUAAUUUGAACACUUCUGAUACUUGCAUCAAUAUUUCAAAACAAGAGGAUGAUCGAGACAAUCAAAUGGAUCUCAUUCGCUCAGUCAUAACUUUAUACAAGGAACUUGCACACAGUCUCCUUAAACUUUUGGGAGUCAGUCGGUUACGCAAAGUGAAACGGAUCCAUACUCGAAGCAUUGAUGUUUUACGUUGCAUUAGUGAAAUGUUAAAGAAUGACAAUCCCACAUCAGCACAACUUGACAUCAUAAGAAAAUCAAUCUUCAAAGCUGUUGAAUACGGGCAUGUUGAGUUUGUUACUCAUAUAUGUGAAGCACAUCCUCCAUUCGUAAAACAAUGUGAAGGAAACAAAAACAUAUUUCAGUUUGCGGUUGAAUAUCGUCAACAUAAAAUAUAUAGCCUUAUUCAUAGACUUGAUAGAGCGGACCAGAUAUUCUUUGGCACACGUGCGACGAAGUAUCCAGAGAAUAUGUUACAUUUAGCAGGGAAAUUAUCUCCACUCUCAAGGUUCAAUCAUAUUCGCGGUGCAACUUUGCAAAUGCAACGAGAGCUACAGUGGUUUAAGGAGGUGGGGGAUUUUGUACCUGAGGACUUGCAUGAAUGGAAAAAUUCAGAUGGUAUGACACCACAUGAACUAUUUACUAAGAAUCACGAGAAACUAAAAGAGGAGGCAGAAGUCUCAAUGAAAGGGACAGCAACUUCUUGUACAGUUGUAGGUGCUCUCAUUGUUACCAUUAUGUUUGCUGCAGCAUUUACAGUUCCUGGUGGAAACAAUGGUAGUACAGGUUACCCGAUGUUUCUAGCUAAGAAGUUGUUUCUGGUGUUCAUAAUUUCAGAUACUCUAUCACUCGUUUCUUCCACAACUUCAGUCAUUUUAUUUUUGGGAAUCCUCACAUCACGUUAUGCAGAAAAUGAUUUUCUCAAGAAUUUGCCAACAAAGAUGAUGAUAGGACUUUUCGCCCUUUUUCUCUCUAUUGCCACCAUGAUGAUUGCCUUUUCUUCUGCCCUCCUCAUUAUGCUUAAUGAAGAAUACUCAUGGGCCAUUGUUCCUUGCAUUUUUGUUGCGAGUAUUCCAGUUGCCUCAUUUAUAUGGUUGCAAUUUCCCCUCCUUAUUGAGAUAUUCGGGUCAACUUAUGGACCAGGAAUAUUUGACAAGAAAGGCAAACCAUGGAUUCAACUCUGAUGCUCAUCUUUGGUUUUGCUUAAGUGGAGAAGGUGCGGCACAUCAUUAUGAGUAUGACUUGUGUAAACAAAAUAACUUUGCUCGAUCAUUUCAUAGUAGAAUGAUAAGAGGCUUCAAAUGUAGUAUAUGAUUGUGGAUCCUAUGUAAAUUCUUUUGAAUUUCUGAUUAUUUAAGUUUGCAUUCUGUUUGGCAAUAAAAAUACAGAUUAAUAUAUUGGAUUCCAAGUGAUUGUCCUGAGGGGGACGUACCAAUAGAAUGGGUGCAAGAACAGCUUUAA